AUGUCUACACAAGAGCCAGUUUCUGCCCAUCCGGCAAAUCAAGACGAAAUCACUGCUCACCAUGACGGUCAACAGCAAGAGCAGCAGCACACUAACCAAAACAAUGACACAUAUGGACCACACUGGGGUCAAGUUCGAUCUGAUGGGGACUAUGUCUACUUUGGUAAUGAGAGGUACUUGCGUUCUGAAUUGGCCCAGGCUUUCGGUGGUAUGAUGAACCCAGGUUUGGCUCCACCACAAAAGCCAGAGUAUGCUAACCCAGCUCCAUUGGGUUUGAGUGGUUUCGCAUUGACGACUUUUGUCCUUAGUUUGAUCAAUUGCCAAGCCAGAGGAGUUACCAUUCCAAAUAUUGUUGUUGGUUUGGCUUAUUUCUAUGGUGGUGCAGCUCAGUUGAUUGCUGGUUUGUUUGAACUUGUUUUGGGAAACACCUUUGGUGGUGUUGCAUUGUGUUCAUAUGGUGGUUUCUGGAUGUCUUGGGCUUCCAUUCAAACCCCAGCUUUUGGUAUUGUUGCUGCUUACACUGGUCACACUCAAGAAUUGCAGUUUGCGUUGGGUCUUUUCUUACUCGCGUGGGCUAUUUUCACUUUUUUCAUGAUGGUUAUGACGCUUAAAUCUACGUUGGCAUUCUUUUUGUUGUUCUUUUUCUUGACCAUUACGUUUUUGUUGUUGGGAAUCGGUGAGAUUUCACAAAGAGUUGGUGUCUCUAAAGCUGGUGGUGUUUUUGGUGUCUUGACUUCUUUUAUCGCUUGGUAUAAUGCUUAUGCCGGUCUUGCUAAUCCACAAAACAGUUAUCUCGUUGUUUCUGCCAUUCCUUUACCAGACUUGGAAGACCGUUGGAGAUCGAAAAAGGCAAAGAAGACCGAAGCUUAA